CCCAUACGUAUAUGAGAGCCCAGGCAUCUCCGCAUGUCUCUCGACAUUUCCGUCUGCCAUGUCCUCUGCCGAAUACCUGCGUUACGUGCCCAGCGUGCAGACCCCCAUAUCGAUAAUGGCCACCAAACGGAGUUCCUUUGAGGACGUUAAUGAUGAAUCCGCCAGGCCGCGUUACCCGGAUGAUACCGGCUCCUGGUGCACAGCAGACUCGAGUCAAAUAGAUGACGACGUUCGCUCGAGUUCACGACUCAGUGGAGAGCUCACGGCGGAAGGGGUGAUUCUAAAUUCCGCCACUGUGUGGCGGGACCACGCUCUGGCUGCCAGACUCGGCACUGUCAUCGGCGAGAGGUCGAGAACGCCUAGCCCUCCAGGCUUCGCUUCGCUCCAGUACAUCCGUACUUUGAGGAACGAUCGCCAUGAGGGCGACACAGCCAGCAUCGUGGUAAACGCUGCUGCAUCGCGAGGGAUAUUUGAGCCUAUAGAAAGCCAUGUCACCGAGGAGCACGCCUGCGUUGUCUGUACAGACCCUGUCGGCGAUACCGGGAUCCGUGUUCGUUGUGGUCAUUACUAUGAUCCCGAAUGCAUGCUGGAGCUUAUCAAGGCCGCCGUACGAGACGAGUCGCUCUUCCCUCCACGUUGCUGUGGGGUAAAGAUUCCGCUCAAAUCUGCAAAACCACACAUCGAUGCCGAGCUCUCCCUUCUACUCAAACUGAAGGCCAGGGAGGUCCGGGUCUUGAAGCGUGUAUACUGUGCCAGGCCAUCGUGUAGCCGCUUCCUCGGCAAGCAGAUCCAAAGCCGAUUCCUCCAUUUCUUCGCUCCACAAUACACGUGCCGCGCUCCUGGGUGCGGCACUAAAACUUGCACAAGGUGCAAGAGCCAGGCGGGCAAAGGGCACAGGUGCGAGCCCGACGUCCAGGAACACGGGGUGCUCGACCUCGCGAGAGAGAAGGAGUGGGCGCGAUGCCCUGGGUGCAAGCACUUGGUCGAAUUGAACACCGGGUGCUACCACAUGACGUGCAGAUGCAAGACCGAGUUUUGCUACUUGUGCAAAGCGAAGUGGAGGAAAUGUGCUUGUACAUUAUGGGCACCCAGGGACGAUUGACUGCAAUACUUGCAGACAGCAGUUACUUCACCACACGGAUUAUGUGACAACCUAUCCCCGAUCUACCAUCAUACAAUGAUUCUUUACCCUUCGCGUUGAUGAUGCUACUGUAACUCACGGAAGGAUGCCCCACGCUGCUUAUAUUCAUAUAGAGCGACACUACCAGACUGUGUGGGACGUGUCAGCUGUAAAACAAUACAAUUUUGUGACCUUGCGGCCCAUGUACAACCGACGUUCAGUAGUCUCAUUCAAAUUCUUCCGAUACUCUCGGCACGAACAGUUUGUUACACUGUUGAAUGGUACAGAACAUACACAGGC